UAUAAUGAACAUUGAAACAGUUAGUUAAUGUAAUGUAUCGCUCUACAAACCUUAUAAAUAUAGGAUAUUAUUAUUAGGGGUCACUCCAAGAGCUUUAUUUCCAGGUUUUGGGGAGUGUUCAUAGUUCAAACAAGAACUCACUCACUCAUUCAUUCAUUAGUUCAGUCACUCACUAAUCACUUCCAAUGCCGAAACAAAGGUUGGAGGGUAAGGUGGCUCUUAUCACCGGGGCAGCAAGUGGUAUCGGAGAAGAGACGGUGAGAUUGUUCGCAGAACACGGAGCAGUUAUUGUUGCAGCAGAUAUUCAAGACGAGGAAGGUGAAAAAGUUGCUGCUUCGAUAGGGUCAGAGAGAGUGACUUACCACCAUUGCGAUGUGAGAGAUGAAAACCAAGUUGAAGAAACCAUAAACUUCACUAUGGAAAAACACGGUCGAAUAGAUAUUCUGUUCAGCAACGCAGGAAUAAUAGGUUCUCUGUCUGGAAUCCUUGACCUUGAUCUGAAUGAGUUUGACAACACCAUGGCCACAAACGUUCGCGGUGUAGCCGCCACAAUAAAGCACUCGGCACGUGCGAUGGUUGCCAAAGGCAUCCGUGGAUCCAUCAUAUGCACCACCAGUGUGGCUGCCACAGUUGGUGGAACGGGUCCUCAUGGUUAUACCACAUCAAAACAUGCUCUUACGGGGUUGGUGAAAUCAGCUUGCAGCGAACUCGGUGCGUAUGGAAUAAGGGUCAACAGCAUAUCCCCUUUUGGAGUAGCCACACCUCUUGCAUGCAGGGCUUUCAACUUUGAGCCUGAGCAAGUUGAAGCUAAUAGCUACUCACAAGCUAACCUCAAGGGUGUGGUGUUGAAGGCCAGGCAUGUAGCAGAAGCAGCUUUGUUUCUAGCUUCUGACGAAGCCCUUUACAUAAGUGGUCACAACUUGAUGGUGGAUGGUGGCUUCUCUGUGGUUAACAGAAGUUAUUCUUUCACACCAGGUGACGUUUAGACCCAAAAAAAAACUUUUUUUUUUCUUUUUUGUGGCAGAUUGGCUUUGGUUUCCUUAUCCUUCAAGUUGAGAAGAUGAUGUCAUGCGGUGCGUCAAAUUACAUUGUUACUGGGACUUUUCAAUUCUGCACUGUCCAUCUCCUUUGUUUUUGUAUGUUUUUUAGUCUGCUUGUGACUCAAAACCCUGUUUGCUUUCUAUGUACUUUUCCUUAUCUUGGGUUUAGCUUCUUAACAUCACAUCACCCGUUUCACUCCCUCUUUUUUCCUUUAUUUUAUGUAUUUCAAGUUUUCUCUGUGUUACUUUCUAUAAUGUUGCAUACUGUCAUAUACAUAUAAGGUCAAGGAUACUUAAUUUGCUGA